AUGGCUCGUCAGUGGAUCGUAUCAGCUCUUAUUUUGGGCUCUAUUCUUUUUGUCCAAGCCAGCCUACCUCCAAGUCGGUGCGUUCCUGAGGAUCUUUGCUCCGAAGAGGUGUUGUUUGAAUGCACCCACGAUAACCGUUUAUCACGCGCAUGUACGAUCAUUAACGAUUUCUGUCAAGAAAUAAAAGAGCCUGAAAAGAAAAAUGAGAAAUUUGUCCAGCCCAUGACAACCAAAAAGCCUGGUUAUGGUUCUUUAAGUAAAAAUCCCCUCGACCUGUGCGGCCGGAGCAAUCCGAAUGGUCUGUACGAAAACAUGGAAGUAUGUGAAGGUCAGGCGUAUCCUGGGGAAUUCCCAUGGACUAUCGCUGUCUUCAUUAACGGCACAUUCAUAGGCGGCGGUACCAUAAUUGCCCCAGGAGUUGUGCUCACUUCUGCUCACAAGGUGCGCCACGUAUCCGAGGCCGACAUUGUGGUCAGAGCUGGAGAGUGGGACCUUUCCACCACUGACGAAGAGUUCUCCUACGAGGAGAGCAGAGUGAAGAAGAUAGCGCGCCAUGAAGAAUUUAAUUACCGAACUGGAGCCAAUAACUUGGCGCUUCUCUUCCUGGAGACACCGUUCGAAAUUAAAGACCAUAUCCGGACCAUCUGCUUGCCCAAAGAGGUAAAGUCCCUUGCGGGAAAACGAUGCAUGGUUGCCGGAUGGGGAAGGCAGACGUACACUGAGGCGCAUAACUCGGACAUCCUGAAGAAAAUCGACUUGCCCAUGGUAAGCCGUGACACCUGCCAGAGACAGUUGAGGAAAACCGUUAUGGGGCGCUCUUACUCCCUGGCUCCUAGCUUAAUUUGUGCCGGCGGCGAGCUCGACAAGGAUGCUUGCCUGGGAGACGGCGGAUCAGCCCUGUUCUGUGCUCUCGAAGAUGGUUCGGAUCGCUACGAGCAGGUGGGCAUCGUCAACUGGGGCAUUCAGUGCGGCAAGAAAGACGUCCCAGCAACGUACACAAAUGUGGCCAUGUUCAAGGAGUGGAUUGAUUCGAAAGUGGCAGAAAAUAGCAUUUCACUCCUAACCGACGGGACAGUACAUUAA